AUGGGCGUGACCUUCAGCAAACCAGAAUACGCUAUUAAACCAUUUUGUUUACAAAGUACACCAGAAUAUGCUAUUAAACCAUUUUGUUUACAAAGUACACCAGAAUAUGCUAUUAAACCAUUCUGUUUACAAAGUACACCAGAAUAUGCUAUUAAACCAUUUUGUUUACAUAGCAAACCAGAAUAUGCUGUUAAACCAUUUUGUUUACAUAGCAAACCAGAAUACGCUAUUAAACCAUUUUCUUUACAAAGUACACCAGAAUAUGCUAUUAAACCAUUUUGUUUACAAAGUACACCAGAAUAUGCUGUUAAACCAUUUUCUUUACAUAGCAAACCAGAAUACGCUAUUAAACCAUUUUGUUUACAAAGUACACCAGAAUAUGCUAUUAAACCAUUUUGUUUACAAAGUACACCAGAAUAUGCUAUUAAACCAUUCUGUUUACAAAGUACACCAGAAUAUGCUAUUAAACCAUUUUGUUUACAUAGCAAACCAGAAUACGCUAUUAAACCAUUUUGUUUACAAAGUACACCAGAAUAUGCUAUUAAACCAUUUUGUUUACAUAGCAAACCAAAAUACGCCAUUAAACCAUUUUGUUUACAAAGUACACCAGAAUAUGCUAUUAAACCAUUUUCUUUACAUAGCAAACCAGAAUACGCUAUUAAACCAUUUUAUUUAAACCGUAGACCAGUGUAUUCUAUUAAACCGAUUUUUUACACAAUAGACCAGAAUACGCUACUAAAGCAAUCUUUACACAAUAAACCAAAAUACACUAUUAAAUCAUUUUGUUUAGAGAUUAAACAAUAA